UGCGGCAAGAAUUCGUCUGACCUUUAUAGAGAUUUCUUUGCAUCUCGGCAACCUUCUUCUCUCCUCUUCUCUGCGCUCUCUACUUUGCUUUAUCUCUACGACUCUCUCCCCACGAAUAAACGUCCACAAGGUGUUAAUAAACGAAAGAAUUUCUCUGCUCCAAACCCAUCUCCGUUGAUCCAAGUACUCGGUCGACCCCCUUUUCCCGUAACGAUAACUGACGUUUCAAUGGAGGUUUCUUCCUCCUCGUCCAGUCAGCCUGAAUUUGACUACCUCUUCAAGCUGCUGCUUAUUGGGGAUUCUGGGGUUGGAAAAAGCACGCUGCUCUUGAGCUUCACGUCCGAUACUUUCGAAGAUCUUUCCCCUACUAUCGGUGUUGAUUUCAAGGUCAAGUAUGUUACAGUUGGCGGGAAAAAGUUGAAACUUGCAAUUUGGGACACAGCCGGGCAGGAAAGGUUUAGAACACUUACUAGUUCAUAUUACAGAGGAGCUCAAGGAAUAAUUAUGGUAUAUGAUGUAACACGGAGAGAAACCUUUACAAAUCUAUCUGAUAUAUGGGCUAAGGAAAUUGACUUAUACUCGACAAAUCAAGAUUGUAUCAAGAUGCUUGUAGGCAAUAAAGUUGAUAAGGAAAAUGAAAGGGUCGUCAGCAAAAAGGAAGGGAUAGACUUCGCCAGAGAAUAUGGAUGCCUUUUCACUGAAUGCAGUGCAAAAACCCGAGUCAAUGUGGAGCAGUGUUUUGAGGAGCUUGUAUUAAAGAUUUUGGAAACGCCAAGCCUUUUGGCUGAGGGCUCGUCCGGCGUGAAAAAGAACAUCUUCAAGGAGAAACCUCCACAAUCUGAUUCACCAAGUGGUGGUUGUUGUUCUUGGUGAUUGUAAUGUUUGUGUACGGGUUUAAACUUUCCACAUUUCGGUCUCAUUUGGAAUGCUAGUGUAAUCAAAUUUCAUUGGAGCCUGUAUAACUUAGAUUAAAUGAUGAAAGUUGUUGAGAAUUUGUCCACAUUGAAAAGAUUUCCGUCUUAAUGGUA